UCCCUSUAUCGRUCUCUUUCCCUUCUCUCAAAGUCGAAAAGAUGGCUUUGCGAUUGACUUUUAGGAGGCGUCUGUCUUACAACACUAAGUCCAACGGGAGACGAAUCUCGAAGACGCCAGGUGGUCGACUUGUCUACCUCUACACCAAAAAGAAUGGUAAAGUCCCUAAAUGUGGAGACUGCAAAACAAGGCUCCAGGGGCUCCCAGCUCUUCGACCAAAACAAUUGCACAAAAUCUCUAAACGUCAGAAAAAUGUUUCUAGAGCUUAUGGUGGAUCACGAUGUGCUAACUGUGUCCGGCAAAGAAUUGUACGUGCUUUCUUGAUCGAGGAACAGAAGAUUGUAGUGAGAGUUCUCAAAGCACAACAAGGCAAGAAGGCAGCGUCAUCUUAAUCUAUCAAUCUCAAAAAACUAAUAAACGUUUUGGUGUAAAUA